AUUGCCAUAAGAAUGACAGAGGCGAUUAGACUUCUCAGCCGUAUAGACGCAUACCUUAUCGAUCCUUAAGGCUCAUUCAAACGCCGCACCACCGAGAACGAUGUCAUCGCCAGCUCACCUACCAGCCCCCAGGCGCAUUACCGCCUCGAACCUCCCCCUUUCCGAAUCGAGCACCGCGAAACCGCAUUCGGAACCCGGCGUAGAGGUCCUCGUGGACAGCCUCCCCCCGGAUCCUAUUAUGGGAGGUGCCUUGAUGAGGGCGCGGGUGGCAUCUAGCAAGAAAGUACCGACUAGCAAUGACGGGCAUGGCAACCUAUCACUCGACGACGUGCCAGGCAUGGGAAUUGUGUUGCCGGGUGGUCUGAAUAUGUACUACCUCGACAUUGCCCCAAACUCGGAGGGUGUGAUGCACCGUACGACGUCUACCGAUUAUAUCGUCGUGCUGAGCGGGACUUUGAGCCUCUUGACUCCACCUGAGCCGUUUGACGUGGUCGACGGAAAACCGAACUAUGGCGAGCCUGUCGAGACUCUCUGCAACCCAGGAGAUGUGGUACUCCAGCGAGGAAUUGCGCAUGCCCUAUCGAACCGUAGUAGCGAAUGGGUUCGCGUGAUGGCCGUCGUGUUGGCUUCCGAAACCAAUCGCGUGCCGGUCAUGGGAUCGGGACCCGCAGGACAGUUGAAGACUACGGCGUUAGCUGACGUUUGGCUUCAAUAAGCGAGCUAGCUGACAGCGCCGCCGCGGAAGUCGUCCAUUCUUCACUGGCCAUGGAUGGAUUAUCUUACAUUGUAACCAACGGAGUUAUCUCGCACGUUUGGCCCGCCUAUAUGAGGCUCGGCGGACGUAGAACGACCAACGAGCAGGGCUGACAUGAGCCUCAUUAUUGAUUAUCGUCUCACCGUUUUAUGAUCUUCUUCAGUUGGACUGUUGGUUGGGCUGGUUUCUCGGGACCUAGAAUAAUAGCCUUAUGGAAAAUCUAAAAUCGAAAUCUACCUACGUUUCGGAAUCCUAUGUUCCGUUU